AUGAGUGCUGACAAUAAAACCGGUGAUUCAGAUUUCAACAGCCCGGUUAAAUCGGAUCUUGCAUGCAACAUGUCAAAUGAUCCCCGACUACCGAAGGAAAGUACAAUCGAGCCACUAAUCGUUAUGCAACCAGGACCGUAUCCAAACUAUCCACAUAUGGCUAGUAAUUUACCAUUAGAACCAAAUUCAUUCACUCAACCAUCAAAUUACUGUGUAACUAAUAUGUCUAACAAUCGUCCAAUACCUGUGAAUCCAAAUCAUCCAACAUCAAAUGAUGGCGAUUCAUGCUUACGUAACAGAAGUAGUAGUUUACGGGAAGAAUCUGCCUUUCAUAAGCGAAACGACAAACCGAAUAGAAGAACUAAAACAAAUUCAAUCACUAUCAAUAAUCAGCAACAGCAUGCAGAAUCACGUGGUACGAAUCAACAAUCAGAUCGACAUGAAUACGAACAAGGUGAACCUCGUUUUAAUGUCAGCUCCGUCCGACAAUUACAAUCGAAUGAUAAACGAAACCAAGGAUCUUUGGCAAUGAAUUUAGCACCACAACAAACACGGACAAAAGGAUCCACUAUUCAAAAGAAACCCAAAGAAGAUCAUUCAUUGACUACAUACAGUGAUCAACCAUCUGUAGGUCCCGUUCAGCAAUUGAAAGGUAAAUCCGAUUCAUCACAAAGAGGUUCUGGCUAUCCUCCUCGACGUCAAUCAUUUCGAGAAUUAGCACGUGAAAGUAGUCAACGUGAUCGUGAAAAUGUCUUGGAAUCAUUACGUAAAAUGAGAACUGGUAAUGGUAUCAAUAAUCCAAUCCAUGGAGCUGGUAGUUCAUCAAUGAUGAAUUCUUGUGAAGGUUCAAGAAAUGUCAGUCAUGAACAAUCUCAAAAUAUAGCACAUGAAUCAGGCGUUAGCGAACAAAUAUCGAAUACAAGUCUAAAUGCAUGUAUUAGUAAAACAUCAGCCUUAGAUUCAUCAACGAUCACCAAUUCUAAUCCAUCAAAAACAUCAUUUGAUGAAGAAACAACACGAACACGUGUUCACUCAUUGAUUGAAGAAUAUACCGAACAGUAUUUCAAUUCAUCGGAUCGAUCUGUCAAAGAAGCACUAAAAGAUUUAGCUGAUUUCUGUACAUCGAAUAUUGAACAACAAGCAAUGAUCGUUCGAGAAUUAUUUAUCAAUGUUCUCAAAGCGAAACCACAUGCACGUAAAGCUGUUGGACAUUUACUCGAUGCCGCUUUGAAUGAAGAAAUUCUUUCGACAGACGCAUUUCUUUCCGGUUUUAAGAUGGUUGUUGAAUAUGUACCUGAUUAUGCUGUGGACAUUUCUCUCAUUUGGCAAUAUAUUGGUGAAAUUCUUGGUGCUUUCAUUGGUGCUCCUAGUUCAAAUGUGUCUUUACUCAAAUCUAUUCUCCAACAUGUUCCCAAUGAUAAAGCGAAACAAUUCUUUCAAUAUAUCAUUCGAUAUGCCACAGAAUUUUCGUCACAAGCACAUCUGCAGAAAUUGUGGCGAUCAUCCGGUUGUUCACUUCAUGAUAUUCUCAUGCCUGAACUGAUUGAUUCAUCAUUGGAACAUGACUAUGAAUGGUUAAAUGAAGCAUCUGAUGCCGAUAUGAUGACGCAAUCGAAAGAAAAUCUUUUUCCAUGUGCUGAUCUCCAAUUAGUCAAACUAUUCAAUGAUCAAGAUACACCUAUUACCGAUCCAGAUAUCAUCAAUUAUAUUCAUGAACAUAUGGAUCCGAAUGAGAAAUUUUAUAUUCGUAAUAUUGUUUUAUCGUAUCUGGAAGCUUGUUUAAUUAAUAGUGAUCCACAGAAAAAGAUUCAAGAAGAUAUUGCCAAAAAACGCAUGACAGUUCUUAAUGCGAUUAUUCAACAUAAACCGGAAGCAGAAAUUCAAGCUGUUUAUGCUAUUCAAAAUUUUGUCAGUAAACUAGAACAUCCACCGAAAAUGGCUCUAUUAUUGUUUGAUAUCUUCUAUAAUGAAGAAUGUGUCGGUAAAGAUGCCUUCUUUGAAUGGCUAAGACAUCCUGAUCAAUCCGAGACCGAAGGUAAAUGA